AUGAGUUCGAACGGCUCUCGUUAUCGGUUAAGUGUCGUAUUGGUCGUGUUGCUGGUGCUCAGCAACGGAGCGUUCGCCUGUCAGUCUGGAUGUAAAUGUCCCACAAAAACGACGGCCGUCUGCAAAGGUAUAUAAAUAUAUCCGAUUGUAAAUCUCUCGACAAAGGGAACCGCCCGAAACAAGUGUUUGUUGGGGGUCGAGAAGCCGUAAAAGUGUGCCACUAGAUGCAUAUCUCUGUCGUCCGCCUGACGCUUACUUUUUCUCUUCUUUAGGCUCUUCACUCCGAUCCAUUCCGAUCCUCCUGGAUCCCCGAACCACAGUUCUUGAUCUCUCGGACAACCGAAUCUCCAGACUGUCCUCCGACGAAUUGAGUCUUUAUCCGAGUAAGUCAUUCUCUCCUUUUUUAAUGUCUUCCACCAUAAUUCUUCGUCGUCCCGAUUCUUAUCUUUGUCACCAUUUUAACGCCGUAUUGUCCUUCCACUCGCCCCUAAAAAUGCUUGCGACCUUUUCUCGCCGGGAUUUAUGGGCGUCAUCCGUUCUCUCCGCGCGGAGGUCCUUCCGUGCUUCUCAGUUUUCCGUGCUUGUGUAAUUCGGCGCAGCGAGCCAUUCGAGGACAAGUCCCGCUCGAGUGGAUAAUGGAAUUUUGAAGAUGAUGUUCCUAACCCGAAAUGGGAGGAGCAGAAUGAGGAGGAGAAGCGUUUUCAGAAUGAAUAAUUCGAUUGUUGAGUGGAUAGAAUAGAGGGAACACGACAGGAAUUCACGAUGACCGCCUCGCUUUGAAGUGCUCCGACCAUCGAGCUCUCCGGGGAGCCGCAUAGAUUUUUGAGAGAUAUGGCACAAAGUGAUUUAGAUUAAUUACUUAUCAAUUGCCAAUUUGAUCCAAUUAGAAUCAACAAAAGAUUCAAAGCUGGCCGAUAAUGUCCCCCGGGGACCUCUCCGACCUCCUAAUGCACCGUCCGUUCAUUGUCAAGUGUCCUGUCCAUCGGCAUUGUUAUGAGCCCUUUCGGCAGCAUUCAACAGGUUUCCGACCGUCCGGAAAAGUUGCGUAACCGGCUUCUUUUUGGCGGUUUCUGCCACUUAGCACCUCUGCGUUGGGCCCGAAAACGGAGAAGAAAACCGAUAAAUCAAAUGGCGAAAGAACGGAUAAUCAUAUAAUCGGGAGGAGGUCUCUCCGACUAAUCCGCGCGAAAUUCCGUUCAUUCUUUUGCCCUUGACCAAGUCAUCGGACACUAAAAGAAGAAGAGAACGGACGGGAGGAAAGUCAAGUGUGUGAGAAUACAAAUUAGAAUAAUAAUAAUAAUGACAACAAUAAGAAGUCGACAAAGUGAAUUCUAUUAGGACCCGACCCCUUCCCGUUUAUACACAAGGCCAGAACUUUUGGCCAGAUUUCGAGAUUUCGCGCGUACUCGAAUGGACAUUAUGCACUUGAGAAGGGAGAGAGCAAAAGAGAAGAGAGCUUUAUGCAAAUUUGAUUGACAUUAUUCGCGAGUCCAUGCAUUACAAAAAAGUUUUCGAAUAGGGCGUCCUUAGGGAACAUGCCCGUGUGAUAAGUCGUCCGGAAGCCUCCCGAAGGGACUUCCAACCUAUUUUCAAUCCGUAUUGUUUGUCAACUCAGCGCCGAUUGAUAAAUGAGCGGGGGCGCCUAAUUGUUUUUUUUUGGGUGGGAACGGGUCCCAACGGACCGGCCGUUCCGUCGAUCGUUUCAAAUUCUCAGCUCGGAGCACAUCCAUUCGGCCUCGGGAAGAGUGACGCAACCCGCUAAUUAUGGACGGUCUGACCCGUACCGUAGGCCCACUGUAAUUUAUGUCUUAGCAUUCAAAUCUAUUCAUAGGCCGUAAACCUGACCCAUAAUCCUUUGAAAUAAGCAACAGUAACCACCUGGCAUCUGCUGGAGCCGCGAGUAAAUCCUCUCUUCUUUUCAGACCUCGAACAACUGAUUCUGCGGAACAAUUCGAUCACUCAUCUGUCCGCCGACGUGUUCGCUUCUCUGCCGUCCCUCCGAUCUCUCGAUCUCUCUGCGAACAGUCUGCUCUCUCUUCCGAACGACGUCUUCUCGAAACUGAAGAAUCUAAAGGUAAGUCAACCGUCGAAUGACUCGAUUAGUGGAGCUGCGACCCGGUCUCUUAAUUAUUAAUUGGCCGGACAGCUUCUGGCGACAACUUGAUUGACACAUGAUUUCCGUAUUCUAAUGAGUAGUAGGUAAUGAAAGGACAUCUGCGUGUUCGGAGGGACAUCCCGGCUGCCAGAUGCGCCUUGUCCUCUCCAAAAAACAAUGGACCAAAUGCAAUUGUCAUCUGAGAAGUUCCCUUGCAGACGCUGAUCAUCUCGUCGAACGACGUGCAACUCGGACCGGAAUGCUUCUCGGGACUCGGCCAAUUGCACACUCUCUCCCUCGCCGACAACCGUCUCUCUUUCCUUCCUCCCUCAGUUCUCAAGCCACUUUCGGGACUUCGCAGUCUGGAUCUUUCUGCCAACAAACUGCUCUCUAUGCCGGCUUCUGUUUUGAAUAAUCUCGGAGGACUUCACACUCUCAAGUUGAGACAGAAUCUGUUGUCAAGUGUAAGAGGACGUACUAGUGGGAAAGACCUUGAAUUGUUAAAUUUCAGCUCGAAACCGGAAUGUUUUUGGCGCAAAAAGAGUUGAAGCUGUUGGAUGUGAGUGAGAAUCUGAUCGGAGACAUCGAGGAAGGGGCGCUGUACGGACUGGAGAAGCUCGAGACGCUCAAUCUGACCAACAAUCAGCUGGUCCGUCUGCCCGGCAACACGUGGUCCCUUCCUUCCCUCCGCUGCCUCGACCUUUCUUCCAACUUGUUCGUCUCCCUCGAGACUGCUUCUUUCGACGGCCUGCCAUCUCUACAGUACCUCAACAUUUCCCACUCUAGAAAUCUCAAGACUAUCCAGGUACUUUCCCUUUCCCCUCUCUUCCCUCUUUCAAUCCACUUCUUUUCAGAUGGCUUCUUUCGUGCAGCUUUCUUCUCUCCACUGGCUUUCUCUCGCUUCUUCUGCUCUCGCCCACAUCCAUCAGUCUGCCUUCAAUCCGAUCCCUCCGCUCUCUUAUUUGGAUCUCUCUCACAAUGAGCUCCGCCACGUGGCUCCUGGAAUGCUCCAAUGGCAUAACAUCCGCAACCUCCAUCUCGCUCACAACGACUGGCAAUGCUCGUGUGAUCUGCGUGCUUCUAACCUCCGUCCACGCGACGAUGCCAAGUGUUCUGGCCCUGAGAACCUGGUCGGAGCCCCUCUGAAUGAGCUGAACUCGUGCAGCAUCCUUGGUGGACUGCUCAUUCCCUUCCUGCUCGUCCUCUUCAUUCUGCUCCUCGCUCUCGUUAUCCUGGCUCUCGCCUGCAAACGCCCAACGAAGAGUUCCACCUCCGCGAAGAACCGUGCUUUCUACAACGAUCAACUGAUCGCCGCUCUCAAUUCGCACAAAGAAUACUCGUUCGACUGCCAUUCGCCGUACACGAUGAGCUCCGAGGACUCCCGGGAUUCGGCCUACGAGUCGCCGACUUCUGCCCUCAUGCCACGUCGUCCGCCACCGUCCUGCCCGCCGCCGCCAAGGCUUCUCACUCUUCCACGUGGCGGGCCCACUUACGGUCCUCCUCCAGUCAUGCCCACGCUCCUCCGAAACUCGAACGAUCCUUACUUGAUUCCCAAAUCACAAGUGCCCAUAACAAGGCUCUAA